GUUGGGUUCUCAAAUCGAAGACUUCAUUCAGUAGGAAUUCCCCGGUGCUUCUGCUUGGAAAGUGCUACCACUUUAAGGCUGACGAUGAUGACAGUCCAGAUGAAGCCAGCUGCAGAGAACCAGAGGAUGGUUUCUCCAUGGGGAAUGUGGAAGCUUUCCGGAAAGACUUCACCUCGCGCAUAUGGCUGACCUACAGGGAAGAGUUCCCCCCUCUCCCGGGGAGCACCCUGACCACUGAUUGUGGAUGGGGCUGUUUGUUGAGGGCCG